AUCACAUCAGAUGACAUCACCUUUGUGGCAGAGAUAAUUUUAAACAUUGUGCAGCAAAAUCUUACAAGUGAAGAGGUAACAAAGUCUAUAACGAGUAUUGUGAGCAAUAUAGCUCAGGUAGAAACUGAGGAACUUGAAGCUGCAGAGGAAGAAGGUGGGGCAAUAAGUAAAUUAGUCCUGGCUUUUGAGGAACAAAUCAGUCGUGUAGAGGUUGCCGAUGGUGGGAUGCUCAACAUUCAGCAGCCAAAUGUAGCUGUUCAGGUUCAGAGUGUACUUGCUGACGACUUAAUGAGCGGUCUUGUGAUUAUGCUAGCUGGAUCCAGUUUUUCAGACCUGACAAAGUCCAAUCUUACCAUCAGUGCUCCAACCCAAGAUGACGUCAUUGCUACCAGACCAGACAUCAUCGCUCAGGUCAACAUUCCACCUUCAGUUUCAUCCGUCAUUUCGUCCACGGCCCCACUCUCAGGAUCGCCGUCGAUUGGCAGUGGUAUAUACGUCCGGGUCAACUUCAAUGUAUUUUCAACUCCGGUUCUGUUCAUUUCUAAAUCACUGCGCACAAUCAGUGCAGAUAAUAAAGGCUUCAAUCGAUCGGCUAACUCGCCCGUGAUUUCUCUCAGUAUUGGUCAAGGGAAAGUAGCAGCCUUGACCGAAUUCAUCAAGUUUACCUUCACUACAAUAAUGUCUGGAUACGUGAAUCCGAUGUGUUCAUUCUGGGAUGAGGAGGAGGAAGAUUGGUCCCAAGAUGGGUGUGUUCUUGUUUCUGGAAUCACAUCAUCUGAUGAGCGCUAUGAUGAGGAGGGCGUGCGCUGUGCGUGUGAUCAUCUUACCAACUUUGCUGUUAUAAUGGAUAUCCAUAGACAGGAGGAUCCAUUGGCCAAGGAAUUAAAAAUCCUGACUUACAUUGGAUGCUGUAUUUCUAUAUUCAGUCUUCUUGUCACAUUGACAACCUACCUGUGGAACAAGGAUUCGAGAACGAAACAGACUAACCAGAUCUUGAUCUGUCUGUGCCUGACCUUGCUGUGUCUCUACACGACAUUUGUCAUCAUGAUCUCUCUGGAUUCUACCAGAGAUUAUCGUGAGGUCCAAGCUGGACCCUGUGCGUUCCUGACGGCCCUAGUUCACUUCUUCGUUUUGUCCUCCAUUGCAUGGAUGGGUGUGGAAGGGUACAAUAUGUACCUCUUCUUUGUGAAGAUCUUUAACACCUACAUCCCGAAUUUCAUGAUCAAGGCUUUCUUAGCUGCAUGGGGAAUUCCUGCACUUAUCGUGAUUCUUACCGGAGCUAUUGCUAGAGACUCUUAUGCUCAAGAUGAUCUAUGCUUCCUACAAUUCUGGGCUCAAAUCGGUGGUCUCCUGAUUCCCAUGUCCAUCAUCCUCCUCAUCAACAUUGUCAUCUUCAUCCUGGUGGUUCGACAAUUGCUCCGGUCAGCCAACAUCGCUGGUCGGGUGAAAAGAGAGGCUAAGGCAGAACGUCGAGAGACUAUCAAACGCGUCCAGAACGCGAUCUGCAUCUUGCUCCUGCUCGGUCUGACCUGGGUCACCGGAUAUCUUCUUUUGAUCCCGUCAUUCAGUCAGGUGGCUCAGCCAAUCUUCAUCGUCCUUAAUUCCUUCCAAGGGUUGUUCAUCUUUCUACUCUACUGCGUCCGGAACCCUGUCAUCCGUAAGAAAUGGGGGCUAACUUGUUUCGACAAGUUCCUAAAGAAAGAAGCAAGCACUUCCAGCGGUGUGAUGAACUCGACUGCCCAAUCCUCAGCUGGCGUGAUUAUCAAUUUGCGGUCAGGAGCCUCGGGUAAUUCCUUGAUGCCUAUCAAAGACGACAAUCCCGAUCCUAUGUGUAUGUUCAAUCCGACCUUUGAUGUUAGCCAGGUUGAGGAAGGGGUCACACCACCUAUGAACUAAUAAGCUCCAAAGUUCCAUCGAAGAAGAGAAGGACACGGAUCGUGUUGCAACAAGCACUAAUGUCGUGACGGUCUAGUUUAAACAUAACCAUCCGCGGAAAAUAGCCCCUUUUGCAAAACUACCCCCGAAGCCCUGAUAGCAAUAAACUUCCAAGCAAUAAUAAAUAUACUUUGUGGGGUAUUAAUUAGAGGAGGGGUCUCUUCAUUGUUUAACAAGUAUGAUGAUGAUGAUGAUGGUGGUACGAUGGUGCUUUUUUCAAUCCAUUUUUAGUCAUGAAAUAAUAGAUAAAUAUGUAUAUUGCGAAUAGAAAUUAGAUUCUAAAGGUAAUUCAAUGUCGCCAUCGCUGUCCUCUUUACCGAUUUGUUGUUGUUGCAAAGGUUUAAACAAAAUGUUGUCUCCGUCUGGAAUCGAACCGGGUAACUGGCUGACAACGCCACUGCCUAAACUACUAGGCCAUACAGAACCCUCCUUCCCCCUUCCCCGAUCUUUUCGCAUUUACCAAUAACCCGUCACCACAUAUUCGGGCAACCAAGUGAUUGUUAUUUGUUAUCAUCUUUAAUAUAUUUUAAUGACGAAAUUAUGUAUGUACAUUUAUAUGUACCUUAUCGGAGCAUUCAUGGUUAUAUGAUUUUUUUAAUUAAUAAUACUUUGCGGUGUAUUACUCAGAGAACAGAUCUUUUCAUUGAUGAAAGAAGUAUGAUGAUGAUGGUGAUGUUACGAUGGGUUACUUAUUCUCUUCAUUUUAAUAAAUUUUACUCAUGAAAUA